UAUGCCGAUUCAAACGAACCAAAUGCUUGGCGAUUCGUUUAGGGGAGAGAGAAGGGAAACGAGUGGAGAGCCGAAACGGUGCGUUCAACCGUAAAAGAUUAAGAUUGGACAAAACCAUCUCUCUCUCUCUCUCUCUCUCUCUCUCUCUCUCUCUCUCUCAUCUUCGGUGGUUUGGUUUCUACGGAGAAUGAGAGUUCCAAGAAAUCUCUCGGUCUUGAAAAUGGGCGCUAUCAGCUAUCUGGAUGCACUUAAGCUGCAGGAAAAGCUGGCCUCCAAUAGAAAAAUUCAUAAGAUUCCAGAUACUCUCCUGUCCCUGCAACAUCCACCUACGUACACCCUUGGCAAACGGCGAACUGAUCACAAUCUGUUGAUUCCCGAGUCUGAACUUAAAAGAAUAGGAGCUGAACUGCACUACACACAAAGAGGAGGAGACAUUACAUUUCAUGGUCCACAUCAAGCCAUCUUAUAUCCCAUUAUUUCUCUUCGGGAUAUUGGGCUUGGUGCUCGUAAAUACGUGGAGAAUCUUGAGUCAACCAUGAUUGAAUUGGCGUCUCUGUAUGGUGUGAAAGCUUGUCCUGGAAAAAAAUGUGAAACGGGGGUUUGGGUUGGAGACAGAAAAAUUGGUGCAAUUGGUGUACGGAUUUCAUAUGGAAUCACUUCUCAUGGAUUGGCAUUUAACAUUGAUCCAGAUUUGGACUAUUUUAAGCAUAUCGUACCUUGUGGCAUUGCAGAUAAAGAAGUUACAUCAUUGAGAAGGGAGACAGACUUGGUGCUUCCUACAGAAGAAGUAAUUCAGGACCAGUUGAUUUCUUGUUUUGCUAGACAAUUUGGUUAUAGUAAUCUUGUAUGGAAGGAUGCUGCCUCAAUAUUUUCAGACAAUGGGGAAACCGAAUGAGAUAACAAUUGUAUGCCAAACGAAUAAACGAUGUAAGCCUUACGCUCUUUCAUUCAUUUUAUUUGUCAGAACAAUUGAUGGAAAUUGCUGAAUUUGUAUAUCUUGUAUGAUAAGUAAUGUAAUGUGGAAAACUGGUGAUUCUAUAUAGUUCAAUCCAGUUUAGAAA